GCACAACGUACAUCAAAUCUCACAGAAAAGCCUAAUACGUUGUAUUAUUUAAUAUUCAGUGCUUUCCUUUGAGUUUUGAUGUUCUGCAUUGGGCGCUUUUCACAAACCGGUGUAUUCGUGGCGGCGCGUAUCGCGAACGAACAUAUUUCCACCGCCUACAGACAUCGUUUUCCGCUGGUCACGGCGCGUUUCGAGUUUUUUUCGUACACUUUGAAUACCUACAACGUUUUAUAUAUCCGCAUUCGUAUUAGCUGUGUAUUUAUUCGACGUGUAAGUCUGUUAGCUGUUUCGGCGCGUUACCAUUGCGGACUGCGGUACACGUGUUUUACAGUUAGGUAAAUCUUAAUAUUGCGCUACUACGAGCUGGGUAUGUAAUUUUUUGUAUUUUUCUAUUUUUUAUGUACAUCAUGUAAGCCGGUGUGUACCUAUUAAUUCUAAAAAUAACACACGAGUCGCCCAAGUCUCAUACAUCACCACUGAUAACGAAACUGUAUCAGUCAUUAUAUUCGAUUGCAACGAGUUAUUCAUAUUGAGUAUUUACUUUUUACUUAUUAUUAUUAUUAUUAUAUAUUCGUUCGUGAUGUUUUUAGGCCAUUCAAAAUGGUCAAACGCUGUGUGCUAUGCGGAGUUGUGGACAACAUUGAUGACGUUUCCGUACACAGAUUUCCAAUUGCCGUACAUCGUUGUCUUGAGUGGGUGGCAUUUGUAGUGGAUCAAGGUUUUCCUGUGAACCAAACAUCUCAGUUGUGUUCGACGCAUAUCGUCCCCGGUGUCGACUACGCUGUGAGAAACGCGCGGCGCCGCUGUCUGUGGCCCACGGCAGUGCCGUCUUUGGAAAACAUACUUAUCACGGUACACUAUAGGUGUUCAAGGACAUCCAGAUGGAUGUGGUGGAGGCCGUGGAAGUUGUGGAAGUCCAGGUGGAUGGUGAGGAGGCCGUGGAAGUGGCAGAAGUCCAGAUGGAGGGGGUUGAGGACAUGGAAGUGGUUGACGUACAGGUGGAGGGGAUGGAGGACAUGGAAGUGGUCAACUUCCAGGUAGAGGAGAUUGAGGACAUGGAAGUGGUGGAGUACGUGGAAGUGGUAGAGGACGGGUGGAGGAAGUGGAAGUGGUCGACUUCCAGAUAGAGGAGAUUGAGGAUGUGGAAGUGGUCGAACUACCCAGAGUGUGUGCGCCAAUGAUUUACAGGCUGGCGGGCGUGACACACCCGCUUCCAGAGCGUCACAACGCGGGCGCAUUAGACAGAGUGUGCAGAGACUGUAACGCUCUCCACGUGUUGUAACAACGGCCAAGUGACCGCCGCAGGACAACGCGCGUUGUUGCCCGCCCCCUACCUACUAAUGAAUUAGCUUAUAGAUGAUUCACGGGAUGGUCGUAGAUUCCGAGCGGACAUUCGGCGGUACAACAACGUUCUGGCAUUCGCUGUGUUUAUCUGCGGCGUAAACGACAGGCGUGUGCCAGGAGGAGACCGCCGGUGUGGAUUGUCCACGGUCAGACCUAUCGGAAGACCAAUAAUGAGGUGGCUGUGGCCCCGGGAAGUGCGAACAACUGUCAGUUGUAUUUCUUAGAGUCCAGAGAGGCCAACCACCGGCGCCUCGAUAUUGCACAAGGGGGGAAUCGUGAACUGUCCGAAAUCGUGAUGGGAUUAUUGGACGGUUUUCUGCGGGGCAUCAAUCCGUACGCAAUGGCUUUUAUGAACAUGCGUCAGGUGUGGCUGGCAGAAAGAGCCCUAGCCGAUCCCGCAGCUGUGCCACCUAGACCAGUCACAAUGCAUUUCGUUGAAAAUGUGGCCCGGGAUAGGGGCCGAAACAACCUGCCUACUGCAAAUGAAGUUGCGGCCGUGUUCGUAGGUGAAGGUGGUCUUCCUCCCAUAAACAUCAAUCUGGUCAUCUACGACACCAAUCCAAUCGACCAGCAAUGGAGGACGCAAUUUAUACCAGCGGGGUCGUGUCACUCGGAUCCCAUGUUGAAUCCGCUGUUUUUCUCGUACGGCGAGGCCGGUUGGCAUAACGGGAUGUUGCAAGAAGGCCCUCGACGAAAUAAUGUCCGCAGUCGAAACACUUUAAGAGAAUUUGCGUGCUACCGUUUGGCCAUUCGAUAUGAGGAAAAUAACGACACGAGGCACCAACUGUUCAGUUUAAUACAUCAAGGCCGGUCCUUGUUGCACAUGUAUGUGUGCGACCAAUACGUUAAAAUGAAAUCUAACAAUCUGAAUUACAUACGUCAGAAUCAGAGGGAUCUCCUAACCGAAGCGUAUCAAGGGCUCGUGGACCAUAUAAACCGAAACCUCAACAUCGAUCCUAUGACGGUCAGCCGUAGGAUCAUUUUGCCGUCGACGUUCGUGGGCAGCGAAAGAUACAACAAGAUGUGUUAUCAGGACGCUAUCACCAUGGUCCGUAGCAAAGGAAAACCCGACCUGUUCAUAAAAUUUACGUGCAAUCCCAGGUGGCCAGAGAUUACAGAAACCUGGCGGUUCACAGCAUUGCAAAUGACAGGCCCGACCUGGUGGCCAGCCCUGUUCAACAGGAAACUGCAGGAGUUACUAGGUGACCUAACUGUUAAUUGUGUGUUUGGUAAUGUCGCCGCUUACGUAUACACCAUCGAGUUUCAGAAACGCGGUCUGCGCCAUGUGCACAUACUCAUAAUCCUGGCCGAGGAUUGUAGGUUCCGCACGGCGGCGGACGUCAACGACGUGGUUUGCGCCUUCUUACCGGACCCGGCAACCGACAGCCGCUUACACGACUGUGUGAAGUCCCACAUGAUACACGGACCAUGUGGAACAGUCAACCCGCAGUGUCCGUGCAUGGUGAAAAACAGUUGUUCAAAAGAUUUCCCGAAAGCGUACGCAAAGAAGACUGUGACCGGACGACGGCCGGGUGGUACUUGUGAGAGGUCAUGAGGUCAGUAACGAGUGUGUAGUGCCAUACAACCCUUACCUUCUGGCCAAGUACGACGCGCACAUCAACGUCGAGAUAUGCACGUCCAUAAAGAGUGUCAUGUAUAUCUACAAGUAUAUAUACAAGGGACACGACCGUGUGACAUUGGAGGUUCAGGAAGAAGAUAAAAUUGCCAAGUACGUCAACUCGAGAUACGUCAGCUCGCCAGAAGCCAUCUAGUAAUUGUUUUCGUACAAUUUGCACGGCAAAAGUUACGUGGUCGUCAGGCUUCCUGUUCACUUGGAGGGUGGUUAGAACGUGUACUUUCCCCCGGGCCAAGAAGAAGAAAGGCUACAGAACCAAGCUGUACGUCACACGAAACUCACGCAGUUCUUCGCGCUCAACGCGACAAACGUGGCGGCUCGACAAUAUUUGUACCACGACAUACCGACGCAUUACACUUGGCAGGUUCCACGGCCAGAAAGAAAUCUCGGAAAUGUCAAACAAUUGUGUCCGUGGCUGAUUCGGAUGGCAAACGUUACAUUGGCUCGGAUGUACAUAGUGAACCCACUGGACCAGGACCGUUUCCACUUGGGACUGCUACUUCUGAACCGAAGAGGCCCGCAGUCCUUUCAAGACAUAAGAACGGUGGACGGGGUCGUUCACCAAACAUUCACGGCGGCUGCGGUUGCACUCGGACUAUUGGAAGACGACCGAGCGUGGCGGGAUUGUUUGAAGGAAUCGGCGACGUUGGACACGCCGCGGCAACUGCGGUAUCUGUUCGUCACUAUACUGGUGUUUUUCCAGCCCUCUAACACGCUGGCGUUGUACGAUGCGAACGAAGCAAACCUGAUGGAGGACUUCGACCGGCGUCUUCAAGACGUCGACCGCGCGAGGGCCGCGUAUCUGGCAGCCAUUGAGGAUCUACUUCGUGCGCACGGAAAGUCGAUGGUCGACUACGAUUUGCCCCUAGCCGACCCCCGUCUAUUGGAACCGUUGCAGGACGAUGCGCUGUUCCGAGAAAUAGACGCGGCGGCGCGGUGGGCCCCACGAGUGGACGCCUUGAACGCCGAACAGCUAACGGUGUACGACUGCGUGAAGGCGGCCGUCAACGGACCCGGAGGUACCGGAAAAACCACGCUUUACGGAUGCCUGAUAUGGUUGCUUCGGCAUCGACCACCGCCGCGGGAGGUGUUGUGCGUUGCGUUCGCCGGGAUCGCCGCGUCGCUCAUGGACGGCGGCAUGACCGUGCACUCUAACCUAACCUAACCGUUGAAGGUGGGGUGCAUCGUGAUGUUGCUCAGAAGUCGGCCGAUUCGUCACCAAGAACAUAGUGUACUGGGAAGUUCUGUAAUGCAACAAGUGUUGACAAUGGUAAGUAUAUAAUCUAGGCGACGCCUGAUGAUAGUCUAGGUGACUUUAAACCUAACAUGUGUAACAUAUUUUUCAAACAUAAUACGUUACACCGCUGUUCUACGUGGUCUGUGUGGAGGUACUUCGUGGACCUUGGCUUCGGGCUAAACAGAGAGAAAGUUUGACAACCUCCUCGUGGUUCUCUCUGGAUGCGAAUUCACUAUAAUGUGAAUUUGUAACUAAUGUCUAACAAUGUAUGUAAUGUCUGUGUUAUUUGUAUUGCAUCACAUACUAUUGAAUAUUAUAUGAUAUAGUACAGAUAGUACAGACAAUUUAAUUUAAAUGUUGUAUUUUAUUUCACACAUAAAGAUUCUAAUGUACCUAUAUUAUAUGAUGUAUAAAUAACAUUAAUAAGUU